GCGCAUGCGUGCUAGUCUUGCGCCAAUUUUUUUUUUAAGUACCCAACGCGGGAACGAGUGGCCGUCCCGCUGUGAGGGGAAAAAGGGAAUCUCUGAGGCAGCGUCGCUUGUCCCCGAGCUGCAGCGCCAGAUCCCGCCUGCGAACGGAGGCACCAUGAUCGGGCAAAAGACGCUGCUUUCGUUUUUCACGGCGGCGCCCGGCAAGAAGCGGAGUCGCUCCCCGGAGUCCGGCGGCAACGCUGAGGCAGGAUGUCCCAAAAGAUCGAAGGCUGACGCGCCCUCCUCUCGGUCUCCGCCUCUCAGCCCGGAGCAGCUGGAACGGAUCCGCAGGAACAAAGAGGCGGCCCUGCGAAGACUCGCUACCCGCAUCAAUGGCCUCGUUCCUCCGGAGAUCGGGCAGGGCUGGAGGGUCCCGCUGGCGGCGGAGUUCGCCAAGCCAUAUUUUGCCCAGCUAAUGGCCUUUGUUGCUGAGGAGCGCAAGCACUCCCUGGUGUAUCCACCUCCACACCAAGUCUUCACCUGGACUCAGAUGUGCAAUAUCCAUGAUGUUAAAGUUGUCAUCUUGGGUCAAGACCCUUAUCAUGGACCCAAUCAAGCACAUGGGCUUUGCUUCAGUGUCCAGAGACCAGUUCCACCUCCACCCAGCCUGGAGAAUAUUUACAAAGAACUGGCUACAGACAUAGAAGGCUUUUCUCAUCCUGGCCAUGGAGACUUGACCGGGUGGGCUAAACAAGGAGUCCUGUUACUCAACGCUGUUCUCACAGUCCGAGCACACCAAGCCAAUUCCCACAAAGAGAAGGGCUGGGAGCAGUUUACAGAUGCAGUGGUGUCCUGGCUGAACAAGAACUUGGAUGGCCUGGUCUUUAUGCUGUGGGGAGCCUAUGCGCAGAAGAAAGGAAGUUCCAUCGACAGGAAACGCCACCACAUCCUGCAGACAGUCCACCCUUCACCCCUUUCAGUGCAUAGGGGUUUCUUUGGCUGUAAACAUUUCUCCAAAACAAAUGAAUUACUGGAAAAGUCUGGAAAGAAGCCCAUUGACUGGAGAGCCCUAUGAGUGUUUUGCAACAGCCUCAAGACCACAGAGUUUGAAACCGACAAUGUGUAUUUGAUUCUUUGUUAAAGUACAGACACUAUUUGGGAAUUAUUCUUCGGAUUUGAAAAAUGGGCCAGAUCUAAAGUCUGUUCAAAACCUCUUAUUCUGGAGCAGCUUUGAAAUCAGUGGAAUUGAUCCUGAGAAGAUAUUUUUCAUAUUCCUGGUGCAUUUGGGGACAAAUAUAGCUAAAAGGAAUAAUUUUUUAUGUUAACUCUAAAACCAGUCCCAAGGAAGGCAUUCCAUUCUGUUUUUUACUACAAUAAUACAGGCUGUUGGGGUUUUUUUUACUACCUAUCUUGUAUGUCUGGGGUUGAGGGAAAUUGAAGCACCUUUUCAUUUUUGACAGCAAAGAAGCUAUUCUUACUGACUCCACUCAGGGGGUAGUCACUUAGUAAACUGCUUAUGGCAUCCAAAGCAAUGUCUUAUUUAGUCUUUCAAGCUUGUUCCCUUAUCAGUUGUAGGCAAAAGGUUUCAUAUGCUGUGAGCUGUGACACUCGGUUUUUACACUCACAUAUUUUCUGAGGUGUGCAGCAAUCAGAUCAACUGUGGUGCAACCAAAGGAUUCCACUUGCAUUUUCCUUUUGGGAUAUAGCAAGGCUGGGACCAAAUGUUAGGAAGCAUUGCCAGAAUUGGUUCCUGUGCUGCUCACGUUUGUGUUAGUAGGAAUAAUACUCAGAGAAAGAACUUCUGACUUAAAACACUGGUACAACCUGCAAAACGCGCUUCCCCCCCCCCCGUCUUUCUGUGCAACCAUGUCCUAAAACCAGUCUGGAGACUUGGAAGCUUUUACUGCAUUUGCGACUUCAUGUGGAAAAACUUCCAGCCAUCUGCCAUGACAUUCUCUACCACAAUCAGAGGCAAAACUUCUGUGUUGUGUUAGGCUAAAAGCUGUCAUCAACUUCUAUAAAUUAGAAGGAAGUUUGAUUUAUCUUUUUAUAUGCAAAUUGCAUAAUAUCUUCUGGGCUGGUAUAUUUUAAAUGCCAAAUUAAGAAGCAUGCCUUUUUCCUCUUUGCCUGUACCGCUAGUGUUACCAAUGUUAUGUUUUCAUAGUCACUGUACUUUUGUGUUAAAA